GACGCUCUCUCUACUGAAUGGAUUUCUGGAUCCGAAGACUACACAUCACAGCACGAUCGCAGGAGAAACACUAAACAGGUGGUCAGAUACACACAUCUGAGUCCCUCCACGAUGGGGAAAAGGUGAAGAAUCUCAAUGCUUUUUUAUCCAUGGAUACAAUCUGGAUGAGGCCAAAGAAAUUUCAUGACGACGCGGGCUGGACGAAGUAGUAUCACACCUUGAGUUUUCCUCUGGAUUUGUGGAAUCAAUCGGAAAUAAAAACUAUGAAAGUGACAGUGUGUUUCGGUCGGACCAGGGUGGUCGUUCCGUGUGGAGAUGGAAAUAUUAAAGUCCACAGUUUGAUUCAACAAGCCGUCAUGAGAUACAAAAAAGCCAUCGCCAAGGACCCUGGUUACUGGUUACAAGUGCACCACCUGGAACAUGGCGACGGGGGCAUCCUGGAUGCGGACGACGUGCUGUGCGACGUGGCCGAUGACAAAGACCGGCUGGUGGCCGUGUACGACGAGCAGGACCCUCACCAUGGCGGCGAUGGCACCAGCGCCAGCUCCACGGGCACACAGAGCCCAGACCUCUUCGCCACUGAGCUCAACUCCAACAACAUGUCAGCCUUCCAGCCCUACCAGGCAGCCAGCGAGAUCGAGGUCACCCCGUCCGCGCUCAGAACCAACAUGCCUCUCCACGUGCGCCGCAGCAGUGACCCGGCGCUGCUCGGCCUCGCCUCCUCCUUCAGCGAGGCCCACGCGCCCCCCGACGAGCCGUCCCGAAAGAACCCCACCCGCUGGUCUACCACGGCCGGCUUCCUCAAGCCACGCCACUCCACCGGCACCAACAGCCUGGAACGAAAGGGGAAGAGUUUGGACACUUACCGCAGCCUGCCUCGCGACGCCGGGAACUGGGCCAAUCAGAGGGAGUUCCAGAGGGAAAAUGCCCGCUCCUCCCUAAGUGCCAAUCACCCCAUGGUGGACAGAUGGCUGGACAGACAGGAACAGGAAGAAGAAGCGAGGGAGGAGGAGAACGGCAGGAUCGAGCCAGUGGGGCGUGACGACUCCUGCCAGGAGCACACUCCAGUCCGGUCCCUGGAUGACAUUGCAAAGCUGGUAGAAGUCUCCAAUGACGGCGGUCCCCUGGGAAUCCACGUAGUGCCUUUCAGUACACGAGACAGAAGGACCCUGGGCUUGUUAGUAAAGCGUCUGGAGCGAGGCGGCAAGGCUGAACAGGAGGGUCUGUUCCACGAGAACGACUGUAUCGUCCGGAUUAAUAACGGGGAUCUCCGCAACAUCCGAUUCGAACAAGCGCAGCAUAUGUUCCGACAGGCCAUGCGUUCACCCAACAUCCUGUUCCACGUGGUUCCGGCGGCCAAGAAGUCCCAGUACGAGCAUCUCUCGCAGAGCGAGAAGAACCAGGCCUACGGCCCCGGGCGGUUCAGCCCGGACUGCCAGGCCGGGGACAGGGGGAGCCUGGUGGGGGGGCUGGACCACACCCCGCAGAGGAUGUCCCGGUCAGGGCCGCACCCCCACCCCCACCCCCACGCUCACCCGCACCCGCCACACCCGGAGCACGGCGAGUUGUAUUCCACUCUACCUCACACCGGCAGCUCGGCCGCCAAGCCCCCCUCAGGCCACACCCCCUCCCCGCACAGAGUGCUGAGCUCCACCCCCACCACGGGCUACACCAAGAAGGUCGGCAGGAGGCUCAACAUUCAGCUCAAGAAAGGUCCGGAAGGCCUGGGGUUCAGCAUCACGUCUCGCGACGUCCCCAUCGGCGGCUCGGCACCGAUUUACGUGAAGAACAUUCUCCCGCGCGGAGCUGCCAUUCAGGACGGCCGACUGAAGGCGGGAGACAGGCUGCUGGAGGUGAACGGGGUGGAUCUGAAUGGGAGGACGCAGGAAGAGGUGGUGGCUCUGCUCAGGGCCACCCAGAUGGGUGGCUCCGUGGGUCUGGUGAUCCUACGGCAAGAGGAUGCCUUCCUGCCCCGGGAGGUGAAAAUGGAAGAGGAGGACCUGGUGCUGACGCCGGACGGGACACGGGAGUUUCUGACGUUCGAGAUCCCACUGAACGACUCCGGGUCGGCGGGCCUCGGGGUCAGCGUCAAAGGGAACAGGUCAAAGGAGAACCAUGCCGACUUGGGCAUCUUCGUCAAGUCCAUCAUCAAUGGAGGCGCAGCCUGCAAGGACGGGAGACUCAGGGUGAACGACCAGCUGAUAGCGGUCAACGGGGAAUCGCUGUUGGGAAAGACCAACCAGGACGCCAUGGAAACGCUGCGCAAGUCCAUGUCCACCGAGGGCAACAAGCGAGGAAUGAUCCAGCUCAUCGUUGCCAGGAGGGUCGCCAAACGAAACGAGCUGGAGGCCCCCGGGAGCCCGUCCCGGAGUUCGGAUCUGGCCCUCAACACCUCUCUGGACGAACGGGAACGGCGGAUCUCCCACUCGCUGUACGGCGGCAUCGAGGGGCUAGACGACAACCUGACGCCGCGCGCCGCCCUGAUGGGCAGGAUGAUGGGUAACUACCAGCUGUCUCCCACAGUCAACAUGCCCCAGGAUGACACUGUCAUCAUCGAAGAUGAUAGGCCGCCUGUUCUCCCCGCCCACCUCUCCGACCAGUCAUCUUCCAGCUCCCACGAUGACAUCGGCUUCACUGCAGAGGCUCCUGCCUCGUGGGCCAAGGAGAUAGAGAGUCAGAAUGAGUGCUCCCUCAGUCCAGAUGCCAAUCCAGACAGCGCCUUCCAGAGGGAGGGCUUCGGCCGGCAGAGCAUGUCGGAGAAACGGACCAAGCAGUUUGGAGACGCCGGUCAGCUGGACUUCAUCAAGACGCGCAAGUCCAAGAGCAUGGAUCUAGUAGCUGACGAGAUUAACCUCACUCCUCGCUCCGAGAAGACGGCAGGGUCUCCGACCCGAGACGUCGGCCCUGCCCUGGGCCUCAAGAAGUCCAGCUCUCUGGAGAGCCUGCAGACCGCCGUCGCCGAGGUGACGCUGAACGGCGACGUUCCCCUCCACCGGCCACGCCCGCGGAUCAUAAGGGGGCGGGUCUGCAACGAGAGCUUCCGGGCCGCCAUCGACAAGUCCUACGACAAGCCGGCGGCGGAGGAGGACGAGGAGGGCAUGGAGACGCUGGAGGAGGACACGGAGGAGAGCUCGCGCUCCGGCCGAGAUUCAGUGUCCACUGUCGCUGACCUCACCCCUCUACCCGCCGGGCUCGGCGCUGCGGACAGACAGCUCAACGGCGGCCGUGUGAAGGAGGAGAAGAAGAAGGAGAAAGGCGGGAAGGAGAAGAAGAAGCAGGACAGGGACAAAGACAAAGACAAAGAGAAGGACAAGAACAAAGCCAAGAAAGGAGUGCUGCGGGGCCUGGGAGACAUGUUCAGGUUUGGCAAGCAUCGCAAGGAUGAGAGACUCGGGGACAAAGUGGAGCGCAAGGGAUCGAGCAAGUCGAAGACGGAGGACACGCAAGUGUCUGAAGAGGAGGCGCUCCGCAUGAGAAUGGAACAGGAGAGAAUCCAGGCGAAAACCAGGGAGCUACGAGAGAGGCAGGCCCGGGAACGUGACUAUGCCGAGAUCCUGGAUGUGAGCCGGACCCAGGGCACUGAGGAAGAGCACACGUACGCAGGCAUCGGCCCCUUCGACCCCUCGACGCUGGACGGCGGCCACCACCGGCCUCAAAGCCCCCGGGAGGACACGCAGUCCCUGGAUACGCUCUACGCCCAAGUCAGCAAAUCCCGCAACGGGCGCCCUCCCUCCGCCGACAGCACCCGGCUGUCUCUUAGCAACCACGACCGGAUACAGAGGCUGCGCCACGAGUUCCAGCAGGCCCGGCAGGACGACGAUCCGGACGACCGGCGGCGCACCUACAGCUUUGAGCAGCCCUGGGCGGGCGGCGGCGGUGGCGGCGGCUCGUACGGGACGCAGACGGGGCGGCACUCGGUGUCCGUGGAGGUACAGAUGCAGAGGCAGAGGCAGGAGGAGAGGGACUCCUUCCAGCAGGCCCAGAGGCAGUACAGCUCUCUGCCACGGCAACCUCGUAAAAACCCCAGCACCGUCUCCCAGGACUCGUGGGACAGGGUGUACCCCCCAGGGGAGGGCUUCCAGACGGCCAAGGAGAACCCGCGCUACUCCAGCUACCAGGGGUCCCGGAACGGCUACCUGGGGGCUAGCGGGUUCAAUGCCCGGGUGCUGCUGGAGACCCAGGAGCUUCUGCGGCAGGAGCAGAGGCGCAAGGAGCAGGAGGCCAAAAUGAAGCUGCCGCCGCCCCAGGAGGCCCCCAACAGCUACGACUCUUACCCUGCUCACGCCGACCCUGGCCCCGCCCCAGGCCCCACCCAUGGCUCCGCCCUGCCACCACCCAAAGGCCCGUACAGGCAGGAUGUGCCGCCCUCCCCCUCCCAGCUGGCCAGGCUGAACAGACUGCAGACCUCAGAGAAAGGCCGGCCGUUUUACUCCUGAGGACGACGAAGCUCGGCGCCCUCGGCAACAACGGGAAAGCAAAGCGGGAACUCCCCGAGGCGGUUGGCUCCCUCGAACAAAAGACGCGAUUCAAUCCAAAUGUUGUUGCUUUAUGAGUUUUCUAUCCCCCCCCCAUCCCCCUUGCUCGACAGUUUUUUGGAAAGACAGGGCUCUGUGAGGUUUGUCUGCCGCGAUGGUCCCUUCUCUCUUUCUCAGUGCCUUCCGUGUUGGCUGUCACUGCAGGCUUCAGCAGAACCCGCACACUGUGUGCGGAACAGCAUCAGGUGUUCGCACCUUCUCGCCCUCAUGCUCUGACAAUCACAGGACAGCCAGGGCCAGCGGGUGGCAGUGCACUCUGGGUAACUUGCGGUACUGCAGCGCAGGUGAUGUGCACUGCAGGUGUGUCCGCUGCUUUGGGCUGUUUAGUGUGAUUAUAUACACACUGCUGCUGUAGGCCAGGACCCUUCCAACACAGCUCUGCAGGGGCCAGGAGUGAGGGUGUGUGUGUGUGUGUGUGUGUGUGUGUGUGUGUGUUUG